CUUGAUUUGUUUCCUUGUUCAUAUUUAGUGAUUUGUUUCCUUGUAGGAAUAGAAUUCCUUUUGUGUUUUGGUCUUUAUCCUCUCCUAUAAAUAAAGGAGAAACUCCUUGAAGAAGUUUUAACCAAAACAAAGAACAAUUUUUUUUUUUUUAAAAAGAAGAGAGAUAAUGAGAAAUUGCUGCAAUCACAAUGUAGUGUUGCCGCCGAUAGGUGUUGACCGGGUGCCGCUUACCGUUGACCCGACGUCGACAUUGUUAGGUUUGAUGAGGGCUUCAUCGCCAACAUCCUUGACGACCCAAAGAUCCUUUGACGCUUCUUACGAAAAUAUUUGGACGAUUGGUGGUCAACCAUCAGCAUUGGGCAAAUUUGAGGAAAUAAAGGAGGCUUGUAAAGGGAAACAGAUAGUAAUGUUUCUGGAUUAUGAUGGUACCCUUUCCCCCAUUGUUGCUGACCCUGACAAAGCCUUCAUCACCACCCAGAUGAGGGAAACAGUGCGAGAUGUUGCAAAACAUUUCCCCACAGCCAUUGUCACCGGGAGGUGCAUUUCCAAGGUUUAUGAAUUUGUAAAGUUAUCGGAACUUUAUUAUGCUGGAAGUCACGGGAUGGACAUCAAGGGACCAGAAGAGGGCCACACGGCCUACACAAAGGGCAGAAAGUCUCUUUUGUGCCAGCCAGCCAAAGAGUUUUUACCCAUGAUUGAUGAGGUGCACAAAGUUUUAUUGGAGAAAACAAAAUCAAUUGAGGGUGCUAAAGUGGAGGACAACAAGUUUUGUUUGUCCGUGCAUUAUCGUUGUGUGGAAGAAAAUAAAUGGAUUGAGGUAGCUGAACACGUAAAAUCUGUUCUCAAAGGAUACCCAAAGCUGCGAUUGUCUCAAGGAAGGAUGGUAUUAGAAAUUCGACCUUGCAUAAAGUGGGACAAGGGCAAUGCACUUGAAUUUUUGUUGGAAUCAUUGGGCUAUGGAAAUAAUUCAGAUGAUGUUUUUCCGGUGUACAUCGGAGAUGAUCGGACCGAUGAAGAUGCAUUCAGGGUUCUCCAGCAGAGAAGUCAAGGUUUAGGGAUCAUUGUUUCUAAAACUCCCAAAGAAACAAACGCCUCAUUUUCCUUGGAAGAACCAUUAGAGGUGAUGCAGUUUUUGAGACUUUUGGUGGAUGGAAUUUCUGAAUCCGAAUUUCCUCUUGAAGAUUGAAUAAAGGAGUCAUCGCAGGCUCAAAGGUCGACAAGUAGACUUUUUGACAUCUUAUAAAUAGUCUUCAUCUAUAAAUUUGAAUGAAUCGUCCUUUAUAUAUAUAAAUGAAUAAAAAGUGUACUAAAAUGAAUAUUCUAUGUUAUC